AUGCCCGCGCAACAGAAACGUGCACAACGUGCUCGACGAGAGUUGCGCAGCGAUGCAGCUACUGCAUCUUCGUCGCCGUCGCACCCCUCAAAGCGACGCAGAGUGACCGAUGACGCGGCCAUCGAAUCUGCCGAGACCUCCGAGCCCAUUGACGAGGGCGACUCGUCCCAUGCUGCUGACCAGUCUUUGGUCGAAGAUGAUGACCAGCUUGUCACAAGGGUGACUCAGCAUCUUAUGGCUCCCGCAGUGCCAGUACAGGCCAGCAGAGAUCACUCCAACAGCAUCCAUGAGGCCAAGGAGGAAGGAGUCAAGGCAUAUGCUAAGAUCGCUGCGCUCGACUGGACCUACUACAUCACUAAGCUUCAGGUCAACAUAGGCCGUUCGUCCGAGCCCGCGCAACCACGAACAGACGAUGACAACCAAGACCCCGAUGCGGUGAACAUAGACUUGGGUCCCAGCAAAUUGGUUUCACGGCUACAUGCCGUUAUCUACUUCAACCGCGACCAGGAGAAGUGGUGGUUGCUUGUCAAGGGUCGCAAUUCGCUCAAGGUGGAUGGGACUCUGUGGAAGGCGGGCCAAGCUGGGCCCCUGCGGAGUGGCGAAGUCAUUGAGAUUGGCGGCGUGGAGAUGAUGUUCGUGCUUCCCAUUGAGCUUAGCCCCCUGAGGAUUGCUCAGCAAUACCUCGAGCGGGCAGGCAUCGUGAAGCCGGAAUCUUCAACGGCUCCCUCGCGGACGACGCGCCAUCCCCUUCCAUCGGGAGAUGGAACUCACUCAAGCUCCCCGAGUAAAUCGUCACGCGCUCAAAGCUCACAAAAGCCCUUGGCUCCGGCGCCGCCUGACUAUAAGCGACCUGGGACUCCGCCGUCUGCGCGGGGCCGUGUUGCCUCGGCGAGCAAGACCCAGCUUGAGACUACUCCGUUACUCAUGAGCCACAGCGAUGUGGAUCUAAGCCUAGAUGAGAAUCGGCACAUCAAACCUCAGUUUAGCUAUGCUCAAAUGAUCACGCAGGCGAUCAUGAACACCCCGGAACAAAAGCUUAACCUGGCUGGUAUCUACCACUAUAUCCAGUCUCGAUACGCCUAUUACAGGCAUCAGCCCCCCAACGGCUGGCAGAACUCGAUCCGACACAAUCUAUCACUGAACAAAGCGUUUGAGAAGAUCGCCCGGUCUACGGAUGAGCCGGGAAAGGGCAUGAAAUGGCAACUUGUCCCAGAAUCCCGUGACGAAAUGGUCCGCACAGCCUGGCGAGGGGGCCGCGGUGGUCACCGUGGCUCCUCGAAUCCGUCGUCACCUAGCCAAUUUAAUUACAUAACCUCGGGUCCCAGGGACAUGGCUGCGAGGGACCCUCUCUCGGGUCGCAAGCGAAAGGUCUCGCCUUCGGGCUCACCCCAACCCCGUUCGUCACUUCGGGACUCGCACUUGACGCCUGUACGCCCGAUACGGAAGCCGUUGCCCGACGAAGCCGGCGGUGCCACCGAUGACAGUCCCCUUCCCCGCAUCCGAAAGCCAAAUAUCUCAAGCACACUGGGUCUGGUGGAGAACGCACCUGGAUCACCAACGCUGCCACCGUCGUACCCGCAAGAGGACAGUGCUUCUUUCGUCACGCCAGCACCGCAUCGAGUACACCCCAAGUUGGCGCCCCCGAGCACGGCUCAACGGCCGAGCCAGCUCAUGCCAACCAGCUCUCCAGCCCCGUUUUGGAAGUACCUCGAUACGCCCGCGAAGCAGCCGUUCGAUACCAGCCCGUCAAAGGCACUAGGCGGCCUUCCGCCUCCCAGUAGCAGUCCGCCGCCGCCGAUGCGGAGGGCCAAGUCGCCGGUUCGAAGCCCGACGAGGGCGUCCAGCCGAGCGCCAGAGAAUGAGUCGCCGAGCCCGACGGCAGAUGAAGAGGAACAUGGUUUCGAUCUGACCAAGUAA